AGCGAUUUUUUCUUUUGUUUGUCGUUCAUAGUUUUUAUUUUUGUUGCAGGGAAAUUUUCCUUUUAUUAUUGUUAAACAAUUACUAAUACUAAAAAACUUAUUUACAUCAAUAACGUAAAUGAAUUACAAACUCCGCGAUACGAAACUGCGUACUGUUAUUUGUCGAUAAAAACACAAAAUUACAAUGGACACCUUAUCACCCGGAAACCCCAAUAGCAGUAAUCAGAAGCAGCAUUUGGCCUUACGUGUAGCUUUGGAUACGAUGAAAGAUCGUUGCAUUUUACAACAGAAAAGACUUUCAGAAUUGGAAGAGGAAAAUCAACAGUUACGCGAACGUUUGACACAAAACAACAAGUCGAGCGGCAAUGCGUCACAUAAUGCUGGUGGAGUGGCUGAAAAUUUUCAACUGCGCUUACAGGUCUCCGAACUGCAACGACAAAAUGUACAGCUCAAUGCCCACAUCAAUAUGGUGUCGGCUGAGAACCGUAAGCUCUGGCAGCGUCUGUCACAAAUGGCCAAAGACCAAAGUAGAACCGUAAAGGAUAAGGACUCAACGCUAACAAACACUAGUGGUGGCGGAGGAGUGGUUGCCAGCGAUGAAGGUUUGAGUCCUCGUGGCGGUAAUGGUUCUGCUAAUCAAAACCUUAUUCGCUCUAAGACAUUCACACAGCAUUCUCCAAACCCAAAUUUACGACAUAAGUUAUUGUCGACCGAUAAUUGCGGCUCUAGCGAAAUGUUGGAUGUCAGUUUGGAGGCAGAUGUUGCAUUAGAGGUCUUUGGUGAUGAGAGCGCCAGACAACAGACAGGUGCUGACAAUGAUACAGGUGUAGCACAGGUGGCUAUGGGUUUUGGUUUUUUAAAUGUUGAUGACUCAGCAUCAAAUACAUCGUCGCAGGAGCAAGACUUUAAUAUAGAGGCUCGUAAAUGUAUGGAGGGUUUGCAAGAAAUGCGCCGCGAGGCUAUGAAACAACAACAGGAUCUCAAUUCGGUUUUCGCACUGCUAGAGAGUCGUAUUGCUCUUCAACCCUGUCCGGAGUGUGUUAAAAAAUCUAAUAAACCUGAAAUGGCUGACAAAAGUCUAGAAACCGAUGAGAGUUUUAAUGAUGUAACAAAAUACACCAACACUACUACUACAAACGAGCUAAACAGUAUUUACGCUGAUUCAUCAGCUAAAGUAAUACCAAUGGUUCAAAGCAAUCACAUGAACAUAAUACAGGAGAAAAUAAUAGCUGAUGAAACCAACAAUAUGUGUCCUAUGUGUGGUAAAAUAUACGGCAGUCAAGUUACAUUUGAAUCAUUCUGUGAGCAUGUCGAAGAACAUUUUCAUGACGAUAACAUACAGGAUGUAGAUCACAGUAUGGAGCAUAAUUUUGAAUUAAUAUCCCAUACGGUGGGUGAUUUCUGACCCACCAGAAAUCGUAUAUAUUUUUCAUCCGAUUUGUAAUCAAAAGUAGAAAACGCGAAUAAUUUGUAAACUGAUAUAAAUUUUUCAUUCACACAUAAAUAAUUUUUCCAAUAAGAUAAAUAUUAGAAGAAUGACAUUGAUGUGAAUGUUUGUAUGGUGGUAUUGAAUACAUGUGACAAAUUUUUGUUUUUAAAGUUUUAAAUAUAUGAAUUAUCUUAAAAUAAGCCGGCGACUGAUUGCAAAGUUAUAUUAAGGGCAUUCAUAGUCUUUAAAAUAAUUGGUCAUUCGAUAAAUUGUUUUCUUUUAUAGUUAUAUACAUUUAACUGUGAAUCCCCUUAAUAAUUUGUUUAUGUUACUUUAAUUAUAAUUAUACAUAAAUAAUAAACACACUCUACAUACAUAUUUUUCAUACUUAUUUGUAUUUCAUUUCUUCAGAUUAUUUACUUUUUAUAUAUAUAAAAUUAUCUAUCAAAUAUUACAUCUACAUUUUACUUAAACUAUGUUAAACAUAAAACAAAACUCAACUAAAAAUAUGAAUAAAAUAAAUUAGUAAACAAAAA